UAUAAAAAUUUAAUAGAUACUUUUGAACAGAGAGGAUGGGUAAAGAAGUAUAUCACAUUUCAAGAGAUACUGAGUUAAUGCAUCAAAACUUAUUUAUAGAUGAAAAUGCUUUACUCAAGGAGGAAUCACAGCAGCCACAAAAAAAAUCAUUUUUACCAACAAAUAUAAUUCUAAAGAAAAACGAUAUUUUAAAAGAGAUUUAUCAAAAUACAUUGUAACAUUCUCCUAAUUGUUUUAAUCAUUCUUCUCCUCUCUCCUUUUUUUUCCCUUUCCUUUCCUUUCCUUUACUUUUUUCUUCUUUUCUUUUUGUAUAUAUAUAUAUAAUACAUAUAUGAACCCAUUACCAACUAUUACUGAAUAUACUAAUUGGAUUUUAGAACAGUGUCAUGAUGUAUUAUCUUCUAUAGAAAAAGGAAACAUUGAUGAUACGAAAGAUUUAAUUCAAAAGAUAUAUGAUCAUGUAAUCACAUUGAUUCACUCAAUAGACAUAUUUAAAGAAGAUCAAAUAAUUUUACUAAAUAAACUACAAAGCAACUCAGAAGAUAAUAAAUAUGAUUUAAAACAAAUAAUACUAAAUAUGAAAGAAAUCUGUUGUCAGAUAACAGCUUGUAAACGAAAGAGUCUUUCAUUAAUAACAACAUCCUCUCAAUUUUAUAAAGAGGAAGAAAGGGUAGUUUUGGAUCGAUUACAAUAUGCAUCCUCAUUUUAUAAAGACCAAAUUGAUGAAAAUGCAUGUUGGUUUCGAAAUUAUUUUGUUGGAAAGCCAUAUAUUACAUUAUUUGGUCCUAUUUUAGAUGAUGAGAAUGACUUGGCCAUUAUAUCAAUUGUAAAAGAAACAAGUGAACAGAGAUCAACUUGUUCACAGUAUAGAAUAAUUGUUCGUACAUAUCAGGAUGUCAAUAUGUACUUUAUCAUAAACGAAUCAGAUGCAACAGAAUUAAUGCUACAAUUGGUAUCUACCGGACAAGCUUAUAAAUUGAAUUCAGAAAGUGAAUCUACAACAACAAUGGCAAUAACUAGAAAAUAUCAAACUUUACGUAGAUUUUCUUCUACUUUAAUUUCAAGCCAAAAUCAAGAAAUAUAUUCAACUAAUUUAAUGAGAGCUGCACUUCUAUUUUUAUUUCAAGACAUUGAUCUUAAACUCUUUAAGGAAUUGUCUGCUGAAAUGACUAUAUUAUCUGGAUUAGAGAAAGAGUUUUUAAAAUAUGAUGAAAUUAGUAUAUCAAAAUCUUAUAAGUUUGGGUUAAUAACAGUUAAAGAUGGACAAACUACGGAAGAGGAAUGGUUUUCAAAUACUAAUUUAUCUGAAUCAUUAGAAAGAUUUUUAAAUAUCAUUGGGCAUCCCAUUAAAUUAAAGGAUUAUAAAGGUUAUGCAGCUGGACUGGAUACAAAAACUGGUGAAUCAGGUGAAAUAUCAUUUGUCUCUUCAUGGAAAGGACGUGAGAUAAUGUAUCAUGUUGCUCCUCUUAUGCCUUCAAGAAAAAAUGAUUUACAACAAAUACAUAGAAAAAGAUAUAUAGGAAAUGAUAUUGUCUGUAUUGUAUUUAUAGAAGGAAAAAAUGAAAGGUUUGACCCUGACUCUAUUCGUUCUCAAUUCCUACAUGUGUUUAUCAUUGUAUAUUUUGAAACAAUAAAUGACCAAGAUUCAUGGAGAAUAGAAGUUGUUUAUAAUAAACAGGUUAGAUCGUUCCCACCACCCAUACCCAGUCCACCUAUAUUUUAUAAUGAAAAUGAGUUGCGAACUUUUUUAUUAUCUAAGAGUAUAAGCGCAGAAAAUCAUUCAUUGAAAUCGGAAAAAUUUACAUCUCUUAACGACAAAGCUCGUUUGCAACUAUUUGAAAACUUGAUUACAAUUGGUAUACGAUUUAGUCAAGUUGCUCAAUCAUUCGCUGGACAUAACAGUGAUAAAAAAUCUGGAAACUGUAUUAACACUGGAAGACCAAAAUCAGCAGGUGCUCAACAAAGUUUUAGUCACCAUAAAAAGUCUCAAGAGGUAAUCGAUCUUCCUCCACCUCCUCAAUCACUGACUCCUGAUCGUCCACCCAUUUCCAAAUCUAACAUAAAGAAUCUAACAAGAAGAAAAAAUAACGGAGGACAGCACCCAUGCUCUUCAACUAGUUUAACUACUUGUAAAUAUAUUAUAUCUAAUCAAAAACAGGAAACCCAGAGUAAGCAAAUAUUAGAUAAAACAAAAGAAGAUAACAUUGAGGAAAAGAAGCAUACAGAAUAUGAUACAGAAGAAUCUCAUACUGCAGGUUCUGGAAUAAAUGCAGUCAGCAGUAUUCGGUAUAAAGCUCAUAACUUAAUGAAUAGUAUGAUAGGUCGAAGAAAAUAUAGAACAAAUACAUUACAUCGUUCAUCUCCAAUAUAAUACGACGCAUAUGGAAAUAUGAAAUGGGAUAUGAUCAGCGUGUAAUAACUUCAUAUUAUUAUAUAAAUAAAUAAAAAUUAGGGAUAAUAUAUAUUU